AUGAAGAGUGAACUGAACAGGAAUUUCUCAGAAGUGACAGAGUUUAUUCUAUUGGGAUUCAGGACCCCUCCAGAGCUUCAGACCCUGUUAUUUCUAGUAUUUUUGCUGAUCUACCUGGUCAUUGUUGUGGGAAAUAUCAGCAUGAUAACCGUCAUUAAGGUGGACUCAAAACUUCACACCCCUAUGUAUUUCUUCCUUAGAAACUUGUCCUAUUUAGACCUCUGCUAUUCCACAGUCAUUGCUCCUAAAACUCUAGCUAACUUUAUAUCUAAAGAAAAGAAAAUAUCUUACAAUGGCUGUGCAGCCCAAUUUUUCUUCUUUGCACUCUUUGUCACAACAGAAGGCUUUCUUCUGGCUGUAAUGGCAUUUGAUCGCUUCUCAGCCAUUUGUUCUCCUCUUCUCUACCCUGUGCACAUGUCCCAGAAAGUCUGUGUCCGCUUGGUUACUGGCUCCUAUAUAUGUGGAGGUGUUAACUCUAUAGUCCAAACAAGUUUCACAUUCAGCUUGCGUUUUUGUGAGGAAAACAGACUGGACCACUUUUUCUGCGAUGUCCCAGCUCUGAUUGAGAUCUCCUGUGUUGACACCUUUGUGAAUGAGAUUGUGCUGUUCAUUCUCUCUGCUCUUAUUAUUAUCACGACCACAACGAUCAUUUUGAUAUCUUAUGCUUAUAUCCUCUCUACUGUACUGAAGAUCCCUUCAACUCAGGGCAGAAGUAAGACUUUCUCUACAUGUGGCUCUCACAUAGCAGUGGUGAGUUUAUUCUAUGGGUCAGUUUUCUUUAUGUAUGCUCAACCUGGGGCCAUCUCCUCACCCCAGCAAAAUAAGGUUGUUGCUGUGUUCUACACACUUAUAAUACCAAUGCUCAACCCUCUAAUAUAUAGUCUGAGGAACAGAGAUGUGAAAGAUGCUGUGAAAAGAAUAGUAUACAGAAAAUGA